AUGGCAACUCUCAAGCCACCAACAAACACACACCGCUCCUCCAGCUCCGGUCCUCCAAAAGCGCCUUUGAAAGCCGACUCCACAUCAACAAUUGCAGACAAUGUCGUGUUCCAAGGCCCCUAUCCCGUGACCAUCGGCGCAGGAACGGUAAUCCAUCCGCGCGCCAAGUUCUACACCUACGAAGGGCCGAUUGUAGUCGGCGAUGGUUGCAUCAUUUGUGAAAAGGCUGUGAUUGGUGCAGCACCACCUUCAUCAAGUCGAUCCUCAUCGCCAUCACCGUCCAGAGACACUGAGCCAACACGCAAAGAAUCCACAACCCGCAUUUCAUACUUUGUCACAAUCGGCCCUUCGAGUACUGUCGAGCCAGGAACCCACAUUCACUCAUCUGCAACAAUUGAGGCGUUGGCGACUAUCCGUCGUGGUGCGGAUAUUGGGUCCCAUGCGAAAGUCUGCUCCGCAUGCGAGAUUACGGGAAAGGUGGGCGAGUGGUUUGUCGUUUGGGGCAAUGGGCCUGGGAUGCGGAGGAAGAGGGCGCGUGCUGCAAAGCCACUGAGCUCAGCCGUUUUAGAUGCGGCGAGGAUUGCGCAGACAGCUGUUCCGGCGCCGGCGCCGGCGGGAAAAGUCAUCGAGGAUGCUAGGCUGAUGGUCUUGCAAAAGGAGAGGGAGGUGCUUGGUAGGAUGCUGGUUCCUGUGAAGAAGAAAUGA